UCCUUCUCUCAACUUUAUUAUUAUGAGCACUACUUACUGCACAGUCAAGGAUGGUCUUCCACCAGCACUGUCCAAAAACUAUUUGGCUGCCUUGAUACCCGAUCAGAACAUAACCAUUAUCCCCAGCUUUACUCUUGAAUCGGGUGUAACCCUUGAUCAAGUACCGGUUGCAUGGAAAUCUUGGGGAAAAUUGAAUAAGAAAGGUGACAACUGUAUGGUUAUUUGUCAUGCACUUACUGGUAGUGCCGAUGUUGAAGACUGGUGGGGACCUUUGAUGGGUCCUAAUCGUGCGUUCGACCCCACAAGAUUCUUUAUCGUAUGCUGCAAUGUGAUGGGCUCUCCUUAUGGCUCAGCAUCUCCCCUUACCCUCAACCCAGACAACAAAGAGAACUACGGUCCUGAAUUCCCCUUGGCUAGUGUACGUGAUGAUGUCCGUCUACACCGUUUGGUUUUAGAUCAGCUAGGUGUCAAGCAAAUUGCUGUGUGUAUUGGCGGCUCAAUGGGCGGAAUGCAAGUGCUUGAAUGGGCUGCAAUGGGGCAUGAUUAUGUGAAAGCAAUGGUUCCAAUUGCUACCUCCGGCCGCCAUUCGGCUUGGGGCAUCAGUUGGGGAGAAGCACAACGUCAAUCAAUCUACAGCGAUCCUAAUUAUGCCGAUGGUUACUAUACAGCAAACUCUCGUCCUAGCGCAGGUCUUGCAGCAGCACGUAUGUCAGCUUUAUUGACCUACCGUUCCCGUAACUCGUUUGAGUCAAGAUUCGGUCGCAAGUCAGCCGAGAGCCGGAAUCAAUCCAAACCAACAACACCCGGAGAGGCCAACCGUAUGAUGCAUAACGACGGACAUAAAUCGAAGCUUACACCACCCAGCACCCACACUACAAUCAAUGAUCCUCCUAUGCCCACCCCUUUUGUUUUCUCUGCCCAGUCCUACUUGCGUUACCAGGGUGACAAGUUCAUCAACCGUUUUGACGCCAAUUGUUACAUUGCUCUUACUCGCAAGAUGGAUUCCCAUGACGUGUCUAGAGGAAGGGGUGAUUACGAGAGUGUUCUUGAGAGUAUGAAACAACCAACCCUUGUUAUUGGUAUUGAAUCCGAUGGUCUGUUUACUAUUUCGGAGCAGUAUGAACUCGCAGAUUGUAUUCCUAAAGCAGAAAUGAUUGUCAUCCAGUCUCCUGAUGGUCAUGAUGGUUUUUUACUUGAGUUUGAUCAAAUCAACCAACACAUUCUCAAGUUUAUUCAUUCUACACUUCCUGAGAUUUUUGCUGGUGCCCCCACAGUUACCGAUACAGAGGAGAUCAAGGCCACCAAGACUAGUCUCUUUGGUGAAGCAGAAGUUGACAUCACUCAGUGGUAGUGCACUUUAUUUUUCAAAAUCAAAACACUGUAUAACCAUAGACGAUUUAUAUUUCAUACUUUCUUUAUUUUACUUUACUCUAUUACCUUUUUUUUCUCCUUCUCAUUAUUCACAUGUAUAAAUUCAUUUUUAUUAUUAUUUUUAUUAUUACUUUGCUGCUUAUUUCUUUCCAUUCAACUUUACAUUGAUCGUUAAAAGCUAGGGCAAUAUUCCUUUUUUUUUAAAACGUAACGAUUUUUUUUGGGCAUCGAGAAUAUUAUUUUCAGAUCAUCAAGUUUGUUUAAUUAUGUGACAUUAUAAAAGUUC